UAUUAUGACUCAUUGACUAGCUUUGUUUCCUAUCUCUUCGUUAAUAUUCAUUCAUUCAUGCACAUGACCCUUCAUCUUUGUCAAGCAUCAUGAGUCAAGGAAUGAAGUGGCAUCGUAACAUGGAAGAUGAAAGAAUUAGAAUGGGAACCAACCACAAAAAGAAGAACAAAAACCGCAACAAAAGUGAUGGCGGCGGCGGUGGAGGAAAUAUCGUCGGACUUGCCCUUGCAGUUGUAGGUUUUAUAGCUGUUGUCUCUUUGUCAUUAAUCAACAAGAACAGGAAAAAGGGUUCUGAGUCAAAUCCCAAACCAAAACCUCAAAAAGCAUCAUUGGACAAAAAAUGUAAGAGCCAUGAAGAUCAUGAAAUUGAAACCAAACAAGGUCUUGAUGCUCUUGUUCAACCUUCAUGUUCAAUAACAACAACCAAAGGAGAUUCUGCACCAUGUAAUGUGACAACCGAUACGAAAAGCAUUAAUCACACUCUUAUUCAGGAGGAGAAAAUUGGUAUUGUCCCUAAUAUUAACACCAUCACAGAAGUGGUUUCCACAAUCUCUUUUCAAGAGGAAAUUGUGCUAUCCGAUGAUUCCAAUUCGGAAAGUGCUGCGUCAUCACAUGAUAGCAGAAUUGAUGAAGAAUGUUUGGCAUCAUUAGGAGCAGAAAAAGUUGAAGAUAAUGUGGUUUCAGAUAUUGUUGAAGAAAAAUAUUGUUCAUCCGAAACAAUACUAAAUGGAGCGGAAAUUGGUAUUCGGAAUGAAGAACAUGUAGAAGCCGAAACAGAAACUGAAGUCACCAAUGAUGGUGUGAAUGUUAAACCUGAAAUAACUUCUGAUGAAAAAGGAAAAUCAUCCAUGGAGGUGAAUGAUCAACAUCAACCGAUAUCGGUAUCAGACUCAUUUCAGUUGACAACUUUGCUUAUGUUGUUACCAGGGUUGAUCUUGCUUCUAGUUCUACUUUUGCUUAUGUAUCUUACACAAAAAGUUUCUUUUCUGCAAUAGUCCUUUAAUAUAUUUUCUUUUCUGCAUUGCUUCUUGUUCUACUUUUGCUUAUGUAUCUUACACAAAAAGUUGCUUAUGAUUUUCAAACCAACUUGUCAAUAAUUUUCUUUUGCUUUUGGCUUCCAUUUGACUUGAAUCAUUUUGUUGAAUGAGGUUAUUGAGUAGUAUUAUCAUUUAUAAACUUGUAUGCUUCUAUGAAUACAAAACUACAAAUUCA